AUGAAAGGGAACAAUCCCUAUUUGGUUGUGAUUGCCAUACAAGCCAUAUAUGCUGCUAUGUUUCUUCUCUCAAAAGCAGCAUUCGAUCAUGGAAUGAAUAAUUUCAUCUUCGUCUUCUACAGACAGGCAAUAGCAACCAUCUUCUUGACCCCUUUCACUUUCUUCUUCGAAUGGAAAACUGCACCUCCUAUGCCCUUUUGGACUUUCUGCAAGAUUUUCUUCCUUUCUUUCUUCGGGAUUACUUUAAGCUUGGACAUAUAUGGUAUCGGUCUUAUUUACACCUCAGCAACUUUAGCUGCUGCCACCACAAACUGUCUUCCAGUUAUCACCUUCUUCUUAGCACUCCUUCUGAGGAUUGAGAGUUUGAAGAUAAAGACGAGCUCUGGGAUUGCUAAGUUGAUAGGCAUUGUGGCAUGUUUGGCUGGUGCAGCAACCCUUGCCUUUUAUAAAGGUCCUUCUUUCAAACUCUUCAGCCACUUUCACCUUCUGGAUUCCCACAAAAGCCUACAACAUCAAGGUUAUUCUCAAUCCGGUGCAUGGAUUAAGGGUUGUUUCAUCAUGCUCCUCUCCAACACUUUUUUCGGGCUAUGGCUUGUACUGCAG